AUGCAGUUACGAACUUCCAAUCAAAUCUUUAUGUCUCGACAGCAUUUUCUUGGUACUACAGACCUGAGCGUUACGACUUCAUUAUUAACAAAUUAUAAUGUUCCGACAAAAAUACCGAAUCGUACUCAGUUGAACAGCAUCAAACAACAAGAUGAUUUAAUCUUGAUCGAGUUAGGUACAUUACUAACUCAUGACGAAUGUGAUGACAUUCUUGCAAAUAUGAGCAAACAAACAAUGGAAGACAUGUCAGAAAAAUACGAUGCUGAGAUGCGAAAUAACUCGAGAUUGAUCGUUAUGGACGAUCGAUUAGCCCGUACACUUUGGCGACGAUUAAAGUUCAGUAAUCGAUUGACGAAAUUAAUAACAAACACAAAACCUUUAGGCUUCAAUGUCCAAGGCCAAUGGGAACUGAGUGGCGUUAAUCCUGCUAUGAGAUUGAACAAAUAUCAUCCCGGGCAGCACUUUUCACCUCAUAAAGACGCACAAUAUGCUCCAAGUGGCGAUGAACGAUCUCUGUUGAGUUUAAUUGUCUAUCUCAACGAUGAUUACGAACAAGGGCAAACCAAAUUCUAUUUUCCAAAGAAAGCACCGAAUUCAGACAUAAAAGGAUUAACUAUAAGAGAAGAGAUCAAUGCUUACGGUGGGUUAAAGAAUGGAUACAAAUGUGUGACGAUUCAGCCAAAGAAAGGUCAUGCUAUUUUAUUCACACACAAUUUAUUACAUGAAGCUGUUGCACCAAAAGGAGGAAAUGGAAAGCGUUUUAUUCUUCGAAGUGAUGUGAUUGUCAAAAGAAUGGACAAACCAUUAGGUUUUGCCGUUUGUGCCGAAGAAGAAGAAGAUUAUUUCGCAUGUCUGAAUUUAUUUCGUGAAGCGCAGGCAAAUGAAUUGAAAGAACAAGGUAAAUCCAUCAGGAAGAUAAACACGGUGGAAACAGGCGAAUUAUACGAACGGUCAUUAUCAAUUCGAUACUGUUAUCCACGUUUAUUGGAACAGAAAAUAAUAUCGAAGAAAAUCAAUGCUAAACAAUAUGAAUUACCACUUGAAAUGUGGCUCAAUGUUUUGAAAUAUUUGCACGAACAAGAUGUUCGAAAUUUUAUUUUUGCCUAUCCGCAAUUUCAACCAUUCAGACUCAUAUGGCAGGCACAAGAAAUCCAUCGAAUGAACACAGAUACAAAUCAGUCCAAGUUUAUCCCAACAAUUCAUGCACAAUAUGGAAGUCAAACCUUAUUUUGCUUUUCCGAUGUUAACUUCUUCAAUCAACAUGUCGACGCAUGCUGCCGUGUUGCUGCUGUCUACGCUUUCUUCCUGCUCGGACAUACUGAAGAUUCACAAACGUAUACAGUGCGAUACGAUCGAACUACGCAAGAAGUGUGCGAAGUUUCGAAGCAACAGUUGUUAUCAGAUAUAUUUUACAAUCGAAAUUGUUAUGGCUCAUUGUAUCGAGUGAAACAAAAAGAUGAAAGCAGACGAGAACCAAUGACCGAUUUUGACCAUAGUGUUGAUCGAACGUAUAUGACAAAUCGACAUCAAUCACAAUUCAUUGGACAGGAUUUUCUCUCAAAACUACAUUACAAGAUAACUGACAUAUCGGACUCGCAUGAAUUAAUGGACGACGAUGAUGAGAGGAAGUAUAUGACUGAAGAGAACAUUUUAGGGUAUCAAAGAAGAAAUGCUUUAUUCGAUUAUGAUGGAAAACUUGUUGAUCAACGUUCAAAUACAGAUGAAGAGGAUAAUGACUGGUACGAUACGCCUACAUGCGCAAAAAAUCAUGUUUUGGGUUAUCGUGAACAUUUACUAGAUCAAACUAAACAUGAUUCAGGCACUGGUCUGUUUCGAAUACUAUCAGCAAAAGAUCAUCGAAUUGAUGGAAUCUGCGCUUGUCCUUUAAACUAUAAUCGUAUCAGUGUUGUUGAUGAUAUUAUUGAAAUUUAUAAUCACCUCAUCUUUGAUUUCAAUACACAUCAAUUAUCCGUUGAGCAUUUAUCUGAUAAAGCACCGACGAGUGGAUAUCAAUCAUUAUUGUCAAACUGUGUACAAUUCUUACAAAACUCAGUAUCAUCAAAAACUCCUAUCUCAUAUUACCGUGUCAAUAUUAACAAACUAGCUGAAGUAACACAAGGAUUCAAUCACGCCUCAUGUCAAUGUAGUUUUCCAUCUGUAACAGUCGAUGAGUUCGCUUUUCUUGAUUAUACUUACUUAUCUCAUGUACAUUUGUCUGUCGCUGAAGACUCGAAUCAUGUUUUUGUUUUAACUACAUACGGUGGUAUUGCUGCCCUUUGA